AGCUAGGAUUCAAAGCUUUAUCGCUCCCCAAGCUGCACCACCUCCAACCAACAAUCCUGCUUCUGGCUCUGAGCUCCAAACUAACCGAAAUUGUCCGGUGGCCACUGCUUCUUGUCAACGACAGAUUCGUGCCAUGGACAUUCUCCCUUCAGCUUCUCGCAUGUCCGACGUCCGAUUUUCUCAUCGUUAUCGUUUCGCCGCCCGGCGUUUCCUCCGGCGCCUCAACGUAAGGUCGAGCCUGCCAUUUCCGGUGCAGAAAGCAAAGUAUCACAAAGAGCUUGAAGCUGCUGUUGAUGCCGUGGAGAAGGCAUGCCGUCUGUGCGUUGAUGUUAAAGCAUCGUUAUUCUCAAGUGAUGGGAGGGUUCUUGAGAAAAAUGAUCAGACUCCUGUUACAGUGGCUGAUUUUGGAGUCCAGGCUCUAAUAAGUUUGGAGUUAGGUAAGCUGUUCCCUUCUAUUCCACUGGUGGCUGAGGAGGACUCUGCUUUUCUGCGUUCAAGAGAUAUAUUAGUUGAUACUGUAGUAAAUGCAGUAACCGCUAAAGCAAGCCCUACUACUGAACCAUGGACACAAGCCGAUGUGCUUGAAGCAAUUGAUAGAGGAGGAAAGAAUGCUUUUGAAUUCGGAUCAAAGCCUGCCACAUAUUGGGUGCUUGAUCCAAUUGAUGGCACACGGGGUUUCUUAAAAUCUAGCAAAGCCUUAUAUGUGGUUGGCUUGGCACUUGUGGUUGAAGGAGAGAUUGUACUCGGUGUAAUGGGCUGCCCCAACUGGCAAGAAGAUUUAUCAGAGAAACCCACUGCAGAUUUUGAGGAACUCCUUGAUGUUCCAUCUGAAGCAGGGGUUAUAAUGAUUGCUCAUAUAGGAUGUGGAACAUGGGCAAAAAGGUUCUCAAAUGUGCUGAAUAGCACUUGGACCAGAUGCUUUGUUGAUAGUUCUGGUUUAGUUCAAAAAGCACGCUUUUGCAUUCCAGAUAGUCAAACAUGGGAAUCACUUCCACUAUCUACUACAUUUAAUGCAACAAGUGAUUGUGAAAGUGUGGGGGACAAUAAAAUUCUCCUUUUGCAGACAUGUUGUGGAAGUUUAUGCAAGUAUUUGAUGGUGGCCUUUAGCAGGGCAUCAGUUUUCAUUCUCCGUGCAAAAGAGAAGACUAUAAUAAAAGCUUGGGAUCAUGCUGUUGGCAUGAUAUGUGUUCAUGAAGCUGGAGGAAAGGUAACGGACUGGGAAGGUAGAGAAAUAGAUCUGUCCGCAGACCAAAUUGGUCGCAGGAUUAUAUUCCCUUCAGGUGGUGUCCUUGUUACUAAUGGCAACUUAUUUGACCAGAUUCUGCGGAUCAUCUCUCAAAAAUCAAUUAUUUGAUGCACGUCGGUCAGUUCUUAUCUUUGUAGAAAAAAUUGCUUCAUUAUUUGCAAAAUUUGUCAUGUAUCACCUCUUAACAUUCAUUCUAAGCAUAAUAUCUUUAUGGUGGAAUUCUAAAAAUAA